UGGAUGAAGUAUGAACACAGCACCAGUUUGUUUUGACUUUCAUCUCAGAAUGACCCGUGUGCGCUUCCUCUUCCUCCUGUGUAUUCUGGUUGUGCUGAUGGCUGUAGAGAUCUCUGAGGCUAAAACAACACGGGGACUCAAAGCAGACAGCACUAAGAAGCCCCCCAGAGCAGGGGGCAGUGGAGGCUUCAGGAGGACCACUACCACCACCCCAUCCAGCCACACUGAUGAGACCACUGAUGUCAUGACAGACUCAUACACGCUGUCUGCAACUGACAGCACUACAUAUUCCAGCGACCUUUACCCCACAGGCUUCCACAAUGAUGCUAUUGCACCUGUUGGGAAUGCUCUCGGAAAUUUCACCCUUGAUUACAGUGAAUGUUUCUUUAACUUCUGUGAGUGUUGUCCACCUGAAAAAGGUCCUGUGGGGCCCAAAGGAGAUCCAGGGCUUCCGGGGCCCCCAGGGGAAGCAGGUCCACCUGGACUAGCAGGAGAGAAGGGGGAGCCAGGGCUCAGAGGACUACCUGGCCCAGAAGGACUUCCUGGAGCCAACGGACUCAAUGGCGACAUAGGUGAAAAAGGUGACCAGGGACCUAUGGGCCCACCUGGGCCCCCAGGGAUUCCAGGAAAACAAGGAGAAAAAGGUGAUGCUGGCCCCAAGGGAGAGAAAGGUGAACGUGGCACCAUUGGUUUAAAAGGAGACCCAGGAGAAAGAGGUGAACCUGGUCAGAAUGGGACUAAGGGCACCAUGGGGCAAGAAGGUCCUAUGGGUCCUCCUGGGCUGGCUGGGCCAAAGGGCCUGAAAGGUGACCAGGGACCCAAAGGAGAAUGUUUGCUAGGUGCUGUUGGCCCUAAAGGGGAUGUGGGUGCUCCAGGACCCCCUGGAGCUAGAGGUGACAUGGGGCUCAAUGGGACAGAGGGUUUGAAGGGAGACAGGGGAGACGUAGGCCCUCCAGGACCAAAGGGGGAUGCAGGGGCUAGAGGACCUCCAGGCCCUCCAGGAGGACGGGGGAUGCCUGGUGUGAGGGGGGAGAGGGGUGUCAAAGGUGUGAGAGGGCCAAGGGGUCCUAAAGGCCCACCUGGAGAGAGCGUGGAACCGGUUCGCUCUGGUUUUAGUGUGGGCCUGUUUCCUAGUAGGUCUUUCCCUCCACCUGGACUCCCUGUGAAGUUUGAUAAGGUUUUCUACAAUGGGGAGGGCCACUGGGACCCAGCCCUUAGCAAGUUCAAUGUCACACACCCUGGGGUCUACCUUUUCACAUACCACAUUACAGUCAGAAACAGACCUGUUCGGGCUGCCCUGGUGGUCAAUGGAGUAAGAAAGCUGAGAACACGGGAUUCCCUUUAUGGCCAAGACAUCGACCAGGCCUCUAAUCUGGUCCUACUGCAGCUGAGCGAGGGGGACCAGGUGUGGCUGGAGACUCUGAGAGACUGGAAUGGGGUCUACUCCAGCAGUGAAGAUGACAGCACUUUCUCUGGCUUCCUGCUCUACCCUGACUCAAAGGACAAGCCCAUCAUCGCUUUAGAAAACCUCUGACAGCGCCACCACCAAAUGUUCUUAGAUUAGAGUCAUAGAUAUUUCACUUGCUGCUGCCACAC